AUGUCCUCCUCCUCUAUGGCUUCCAAAACCCCUUCCAGACCUAUGAGUACUUGUCGCAGAAAUCCCAUCAUCCGCCCAGGGAUGGUUGCACCAUUGCCUGAUUGUCGUAGACAGAUGUCAAUAACGUCUGACCUCAAAGAUCAACCUCGACAAUCAACCAACAAACACAAAGCACCAGCUACCAACCCUGCAGAUCCUCCUGAGCCUGUUUCUGAAUCCUCCAUUGUCUGUCUGAACCCUGAACUCAAGAAAAAGAAAAAGUCUCAUUCAAAGAAGAAUCAAGUAGCCCCACCGCAAGAACAACACGUCUCAUCAAAUUUCACCAGACAGAUGUUAAGAGCGGAUUCUGAUGAAGACAGUGCCAUCAAAACGGACCAAUCGAGUCAGUUUGAGCAACUUGACGGGGAACCUUUGGUCCCUACUCCAAUCUGA